AUGAUUACUUCAAUUGGAAUGCUUCCAUCACGAAAAAUUACUGAAUUUAGAGAAUAUAAACCAUUACAAGAAGAUGUUAGUGUGUUAGAUGAAUAUAAACUAGACAUUUUAGAUACAUUAAGUGAUGCAAAUAGUGCUAGAAGUUUUGAUUUAGAGGAUGAAAUAACUCAGAAUGAUAAAUUAAUCUACGCUACUUGUUUUGAUGAUGAAUUCAUGGGAAUAGCUGUAUUUACAUCUAACUAUUACAAUGAUAAUUACACAGUUAAAGUUCAUCAUAAUAAUUCUAUUGUAUCAACUAUUUUUGAUUCUUGUUUACUUGAAAAUGAUUUAAUUGCUUUAGCUACAAUGGACACUGCUGAUGUAUUAAUACAUGAUUUAUUUGUCAACCAACCUUUAAAACCAUCUAUGGUAUUAAAAUAUAAAAGUGAUAACAUAUCUACUGAUAAUUUCUUUGUUUCUGGUGUUAAAUAUUUUAAUAAUCAUUUAUACUCUACUUGUUAUACUAAUUUGAUCAAAUGGGAUUUAGAAAAAACAACUGUGAUAAAUGAGGAAAAUAAAAACAUGGAGAUUGAAAGAUUUAAUAUUAAUGAGAAUGCUGUGGUUGUUGGAAAAGACUUAAAUAUAUUAAUUAAUAAUGAUAUUGUUUAUAUUGAAAAUCCUUUAGAACAAUUUACACUUUCAAAUAACUUUGUUUACGUUGUUGAUUCAGAAGGUUUUUUAACAAGUUUUGAUUUGAGAAAUCUUGAAAAUAAGAAAAGUAAACAAAUCACUGAUAAUAAAGCUAUUUUUGAUGUUAAAGUAACGGAUGAUAAAAUUAUGAUAAUUAGUGAAGACAAAUCAUUAAGGAUUUUAGACAAAGAUUUUAACCAACUGGAUAAGAUUGAAUUGGUAUCAACUCCCAAUGUUAUGUGUGUUGAUGAUGAUGUUUUAUUUGUUGGUUUAGAGGAUUCUUUUAUUCAGCCUUAUAAAUUUGAGUAA